AGUACCUAAACUCAGUGUCGUCAAUUUUUAAAAUGAACAUACAAUAUGCGAAAAUAAUCCGUUUUUGUGCAGUUUCGGCUCUUUAAUGAUAAUUCAUGUAUUUAUUCGGUUUUUGUGUGUUGAAGACGCGUUUUAUUUGCUUUGUUAUGUACGAGCGCGUCGCGUCGCGCUACGCCAACAAAAUACAGAAUGCGACGCGUCAAUUAAGUUAUCUUUAACCAUACACUCAAUUGAAGCAAAGGAAGGAGCAUGCUGUUAAAUUUUGACUCAGAUGGAAGCAGCCAUUACGAGGCGUACAUUACAGACGAUGAAGGAACAAUUCUCAGCAAUUUAGGACUAAACUCUAACUAUGAUGGCCAAUUUAGUGAAGAAAGUUCUUUCAUAGACUCCGACGGAAAUGAAGAAGAAGAGGAGGAGGAGCAAUUGACACGUUCUAAGAAGAAAAACAGUCGAAAAUCACUAAAACGCAGCUUAACGCUAGAGUAUAUUCCCGAAGAACCCAAAGAAAACACAUCCCUACUUUUUCGCUAUUUAGAAGACGAACACUUAUCACCAUACCAAUUAAGUCAAUUAUUAGCUAUCUACGAGGGUCGCUACGAGGCGCUGCUUCUCGAGUUCUUAAAUUUUAUUUUGCAGUGCUGUGGUUGCACUGGAGAACUCAAUCAAUUCGAUAUUCAGGACUGUGAUUCCAUUCCGCAGACACUCUCUCAAUUGGAAGAAAGCCGUUUUGACAAGUUACUUGUUCAUCGGACGGAAUACUUGCUUAUACAGAAUGAACGAAAACCAUCCUACAGGAAUUUGCUCAAAUCUUUUCUCGGAAAGUUUAUACGGGUGGGUGUAAGUGAAAGUGAAAUGUUCGAACAGGCAUUUAUAAGUUCCCUGGUCAAUUGGUUGGUUUGCUUAUCGUCAAAUAAAUGGAUUGCAAUUCGACAUACGGCGACUAUGUUGUGCAUAACCAUUGCCCAAACUCUUUGUGAGAUUCACAAGUGCGAACCUGCCGCAAACACAAGUGAGGGAAGCUUUUCCGCAGUGACCAGUGAAGAACCGUUUUAUGAAUUAGUGGAACAAGUGUUUGAUAGCGUGGUCGUUCUUCGUCUCCGUGAUCAACGCCCAGUGAUUCGCUUGGAGUGUGUGAAGGCACUUUCGGCAGGCUUUCUAUCUUCGUAUGUCAUUUUUUCAGAACCCCGAAACUUAAAGUAUAUGGAUCGCUCAUUUUUCGACAGCGAUGUGAGGAUUCGCAAACAGGCACUGGAUUUUGUUCAGCAAUACCUUGACAAGCAUAGAGAGCAAGAAUUACCAAACGGAUUUGACUUGUUCCUUGAAAGAAUUUACAGUUCCCUGAUGAAUAUCUCCUUAUAUGAAACCGACUCAGGUGCCCAAAUUACCGCUAUUAAGAUCUGGUAUUCGUUAAUGAAACGAUCUGGACAUGCAAUCACAUGGCUUCCACAGCUAUACCCGCUUUUUCUGAUCCCGUCGAAGAUAGUUCUCCAACAAAUGGGGAAAAUACUUCAUUUACAAGCUACCGUUUGCAUUGAUAAUGUAUUUCGGGAGUUAGGUGGUUCAAGAUUAGUACAAACGAAACUGAAAAAAGCUCAUUUAACAAUCGCUCCUCGAACGUUGCGAGAAUACUUCACAGCCAUUGCUGCUUUUCAGGCUAUGCUUCAACCAUUCCAAAACGCACUUGAACAAGACAACGAUGAUGCUCUGGCAUAUGGUGUUUCACCGUUGUCAGGCGGUAGAGAGUGUCUAAGGAAUUCGAAUACAACCUUAUUCAGACAGUUGAAUCGCGUGUUUGCGACCAUAGAUACAUGUUUUUCGGAAUCAAAACUCCCCGACAUGCUUCCCGAUGUCUUGCUCUUCGAUUUUGAUGAGUUGUGUCAAACAUUCUCGGAAUUCUCUGAGCUUAACCCCUCUAUGGCGUGCCGUACUUUCAUCAGUCUUUACUUGUUUCAUCGCGCACGCUUGGAUCAGAAAAGAGGCACUCACCACCGCAAACUGAAAGCAAACGAAAAGGAAAACAGAAUUCCUAAGACAAGAUCUUGUUCUUGUGUUUUGAAAAAGCUUCCAGCACUGCUGCGCAAGUUUAGAGAAAGCCCGGCACUAUGUACUAUACUUAUUGGCGUUCUUUUCCAGUACAGAAAUGAUUUAUCGGAUGACUUAACUGCGUUUUAUGAUGCAGCCGUAGAUGAAGUUGCGCGGAUUUUUGAGUUGUCUACGAAUCAGGAACUUCUAAUUGCCUGUUGUCUAAUUUUCUCUAAUGGAAGCAAGCAAAAUAACCAGAACGAGUAUUGUCUUCGCGAAGGAAAGCUUCAAUAUAUGGCAGACAGUCUUAUUUCCCAAUGCGAGGAAGACCUCAAGAAUUUGGACGACGACUCUUCGCAUCGUUUAGCAACAAAGCUCUCAGUUACUGAAGCAAUCUUGCCAUUGCUAUAUCGGAACAUUCAGAUGGAAGAUCUAGUUGCCUGGCAGCUUUCCUGUUUGUGUUCGGAAGAGAUGCACAAUCAAACGCAGGAGACCCAAAUCAACUCUGUAUCCAGUAGCAUUUUGGCACUAACGAAGUUGGACAUGCUCAUUCAUUUGGCCGAUUCUGAUGCAUCAAUAUACCUUCAGGAGGACACAAUGGUUCACGCAGUUCAUACAUAUCGAGACCUCAAAGAUGAGCAUGGCCUUCACGUAUUGCUUCGACUCUGUUUUGCUCAAUCGCUGGAACCCGACGGAUUAAAAUAUGAAACGUUAAACCUUGAAAUUCGGAAAACAUUAACAACAAACGCAUUUAGCACUUUGUUUAGAGCUUGUGUUUGUAUUUACACAAUUCCUCAAAUGAUGAUCACGAAAGACUUUGCAGGUGUCUUGAAAAACAUCGAGUCUAACAUCUUAUGGCAAAAUCUGAUGCAUUGGGCCGACAAACCUGAAACUAUAACUGAAAAAGAUGAACUUGAUGAAUCUGGUGAAACAAACAUCCACAAACUUGAAUUACAGCACUUAAAAGAACAGCUAAACGGUACAAACGAAGUUAUUUACUUGAACGAGAUGAUUCGCAAAUUCGAUACGACCAUGAGAAAAAUCGUGCAAAUUGGAACGGAUUAAUGAUGAACAUGAUCGGAGUUUUUUAUUAAUAAACAGAAACUAUUACACUCAAAAAGUUUUAAGAAAUUUGGUCAAUUAAAGGUGUGGAUACUGUCAUACUGAGGAUGCAACUAUUUGGUGGCUACGCAAUAUCGACGGAAAAUUUUCGUGGCAGUCAGAUAUACAAGCUGAGCCCUACAGCGUAGGGUCUCUUGUCGACUCACC